AUGUUCACAAACGGUUACCCGAGACCGGGUGGCGCAGAUCUCUGCCUUGGGCGGUUGAGCCGUGUCUCCUUUGGGUUCCGCGGUUUCGCGAUUCGGGAGAGAGGAAAUUCAACGGGGCGCCCGGUCUAUCUCCACGGUCCAGGCAGCAGGCAGUGUCGCGUUAAUCCUCCGUUGCACGAAAGGACCGAGCACGGCGAGGUUCUUCGAUCAUUUGUUGAGGCGAGGCCCUCGAGGGGGACCUUCGGACAGGACCUGUUUAUUGUGACGGGUUAUAUAUAUUAUGCGGGGUACCGCAAUAAAAAAUCUCCUCUUAGGUAGGGUCUCUCCGCGUCUCUGUCUGCCUCCACUGCUGUGUUGCUGCCGUCACUAGCUAUGUAGAUACACGGAGAGUUGUCUUGUUCCGGUUAUUGGUGCAUCAUUUUCUCUGGGUUGUCGAGAGUAGUGAGAACACUGUCAGAUUCGCACAGUAGUAAAUAUUAGAGGGUCUCACACGAAAAAGAGUGGCUACAACUCGGAGAAUAACUCAGACACAACAAAUUGAGUUUUCGUCCAGUCGGGUGUGUUCUCGUGGCACUGGACGUCUGUGCACGGCGGCAUAUAAAAACAGGUCUACUGACGUGCGUGCGCAUCGUCACUAUUGCUACGGGCUGUCUUUGAUGUUCUCGGAUGGCAUUUUCUAUUUUUCAGGUGUACCCAUGCUAGCUUUCGCACGUGAGAAUGAAUGGAUGUACUUGCGCGAAUGCUGCACACGAACGACCCAUCGGGGAGAGCCAACCAACGCGCAAGUCCCUGGGUGUCAGCGCAGUGGCUGCAAAUCCGUGCGGUAGGAAGGCGAAGCGGACGUGCACGCCACCAGCAAAGCAGCGGACCAGGCCAUCACGAGUCUAGAUGCCGCGGCAACAGCUGCCGCUCACGAAACAAAAAAGGGCACCCAAGCCUCCGAAGAAGAGGAGAGAGGAAGGGAUAAAAUGGGGAGAUCAAUUGAUCGAUCCACACCAACAAGCCUCACGCAUAUGGUAUGAGCAACAACGCCCCCCUGCCCCCUACCCUCCUAUCCAGACGCCCAUCAACUCUCGAGGUCUCAAAGCUCUAGCACGCUCUAAUAUCGAACGUCAUGCAGAUGGGCAUGACGUCGCUUAGAGGCUGCCGGCCACGUGCCACGCGCGGAUGAUCCCGUCGGUGUACCUG